AUGCGUAACCAACUCUUGAUCUCAGCCCUCCUGGGCGUCGCCAGCGCCCGCGAUAUCCCGGCCAACGUCCAAGCCUUCUACGACCAGGUCAAGUCCGCUGGGACCUGUUCCAACAAGCUCGCCACUGGCUUCUAUGCCCUGGACGGAGGCGCCAACACUUAUUCGUACUGCGGUGACCACCUCGACGACUAUAAUGUGGUCUACAUCAAGGGCACAGAUGCUCGCCUUGCCGACAUGGAUAUCGACUGCGACGGUAUCGGUGAUGGGCCCGGUAAUGAUGGUCGUUGCGGCAGCAGCUCGGACACCCAAGGCGAUACUUCCUUCAUGGAUGAGGUCGCUAGCUACAACAAGGGCGUCGACAACCUCAACGCUUUCGUCCAUACCUAUGUCGUUUUUGGUAACACGGGGAGCAAGUCGGGCUGGAAGACGUUCGACCCCAAGGAGUACGGCAUUGAGCCGUUGUCCCUCAUGGCCGUUGUGUGCAACAACAAGCUGAUCUACGGUAUCUGGGGUGACGAGAACGGCGAUGACGGCCAGCACCCGAUGGUUGGCGAGGCUGCCAUCUCCACGGCCACGGCCUGCUUCGGCACCGGUGUCAACGGCAACGCCGGCCACGAGCAGACCGACGUCCUGUACAUCGCCUUCCCCGGCUCCAACGCUAAGCCGGGCGCCAACGGUGCCGACUGGGGCGCCCAGAGCUGGCAAGACUUCCAGUCGUCGAUCCAGUCCCUCGGCGACAAACUCAUUCAGCGCAUCGGUGGCAAUGGCACCGAAGGCGGCGACCCCGGCAACGGCGGCGGCGGCGACAACUGUGAAUGGGCCGGUCACUGCGAGGGUGCCAGCUGCUCGACCGACGAUGACUGCUCGGACCCGUGGUACUGUGUCAGCGGGAAGUGUGGCACCGACUAA